CAAGUUUCAGACUUUACCAAGCACUCCCACAAACUAUUAUAGGAGCUACAAUGUUCGCCAAAGUCUUCCUAAUUCUUGCUGUCUCCAGCAUCAUCAAGGCCAACCCAGGCGGUUAUGGACAUGGCCACGGAGGACAUGGCCACGGCGGACAUGGAAAAGGAGGCAAACAUGGAUAUGGGGAACCUCUGCCAUACUAUUACGGGUACCACGUGAGCGGUGACUACAAAGGGCCACACUUCCAUCACGACGAGAAGUCCGAUGGAAAGGCUGUCCAUGGAUCGUACACUGUUGCUCUCCCCGAUGGCCGCAAGCAACAUGUAAAAUACUCCGCUGACCACUACAAAGGCUUCGUCGCCCACGUCAGCUACAAAGGGAAGGCUCAACACCCAUCCUACUACGGACCUGCCGUCGUUUUCGAUCACCACAAGGGAGGCUACCAUUAACGUGUACGAAUAUUGCUGUUACGAAAACAUUUCUGUUUUCAUAGUCCUUUACCUGUAUUCCACAAUAUGUAUAUAAAACA